AUGGGCGAUGGGAAUACGACCCAACCUGUUCAGGUUGGGAAGUCCGAGAUGCUGUUCACGACGGAGGAGAGGGUUAGUCGAGGGUCUAAUGUAAGAGACGUCCAAGCCGCACCAGCAAGGGAUGUUUCUGGGUCGACGUCGACGGGAUCGGACGAUAGCGCGCAAGAAGAUGGAGCGCCGGAUGAUUCUGCAUCAAGAGGUCCUCCGCGCGAUACGUCGAAAGAUUCAAGGCAAGAGGGUUGUUUGUCGCUUGGCGAUGCGGCUUCCUAUAUUCAAAAGAUCAAGAAUCGCUUUGCGGAUAACCCCGAGAUCUAUCAAGAGUUUUUCCUGAUGCUCCACGACUACCAACAAGGGUCGCUGCCUCUGCGCGAGCUGUACGAGCAGGUCGGCGAGCUUUUCAUCUCCGCGCCCGAUCUCGUCGCCGAGUUCCAACGCUUCCUGCCUGAGGCCACGGCAUAUCGCCAGGUCCCGUGA